AUGGAGCAGAUCCUACUGGAAGCUAUGCUAAGGCACAUGGAGAAUAAGGAGCUGAUUGGUGACAGCCAACAUAGAUUCACUAAGGGUGGAGUGUGUCUGACGAAUAUGGUGGCCACCUAUAACGGGGUUACAGCAUUCGUGGAUAAGGGAAGAGCAACUGAUGUUAUGUACCUGGACCUCAGCAAAGCAUUUGACGCUGUCCAGCAUGACAUCCUUGUCUCUAAAUUGGAGACAAAUGGAUUUGAAGGAUGGACCAGACAAUGGAUGAGGAAUUGGCUUGAUGAUGGCACUCAGAGAGUUGUGAUCAGUGGCCUGAUAUCUGAGUGGAGACCAGUGACAAGCAUCACCACAGUAUUGACCAUGACAACUUUGAGCACCAUUGCAAGAAAGUCAUUACCCCGUGUCUCCUAUGUCACCGCUAUGGAUUUGUUUGUGACUGUAUGCUUUCUAUUUGUCUUUGCUGCUCUGAUGGAGUAUGCGACUCUCAACUACUACUCAAGCUGCAGGAAACCAAACUGUACCAAGAAGAAAAAGUCGCUACCUGAUGUCAGUUUUGGGCAUGUGAUGAAUUAUUCUGUACUUGAUAUGAGACCACCAACUACAGUCAUCACAUUGAACAAUGCCAUGUAUUGGCAAGAAUUUGAAGAUGCGUGCGUCUAUGAAUGCCUGGAUGGGAAAGACUGCCAGAGCUUUUUCUGUUGUUACGAAGAGUGUAAAUCAGGCUCAUGGAGGAGAGGACGGAUUCACAUAGACAUCCUAGAACUGGACUCUUACUCCAGGGUCUUUUUUCCUACAUCCUUCCUGCUAUUUAACCUGGUCUACUGGGUUGGAUACCUCUAUCUUUAA